CAGUUUACUGCUUUGAGUGAGUACGAUAAUGUUGGGUUUGUGCAAUAGUCAUAGGUUGUUUGUAGUAACUUUAGUGGUGCUUGCUGGGAUUCAGCCAUCGUAUUCUUCACCGACCACUCGGUACUUUCAAUUUAAUGUUGAGUGGAAGAAGGUAACACGUUUGUGCCACACAAAGCCACUGCUGACAGUGAAUGGGGAGUAUCCAGGGCCGACCGUUGCUGUCCAUGAAGGUGACAAUGUUGAAGUAAAGGUCACUAAUCGUAUUGCCAAAAACACUACCAUCCAUUGGCAUGGAAUAAGGCAACUGAGAAGUGGAUGGGCAGAUGGGCCGGCAUACAUUACACAAUGUCCGAUUAGAGGAGGGCAGUCAUACACAUAUGUGUUCAGUGUGAUCGACCAAAGAGGCACCCUCCUAUGGCAUGCGCAUUAUGGCUGGCAACGUGCUUCAGUCUACGGUGCCUUCAUAAUCUACCCUCGCAUGCCAUAUCCUUUUUCAGCAGUACCAAUCAAAGCUGAAGUCCCCAUUAUCUUUGGUGAAUGGUGGAAUGGAGAUGUAGAUGCAGUGGAAAAUGAGAUGAUGUUGUACGGAAGUGGACCUAAUAGUUCUGAUGCUUAUACCAUUAAUGGCUUGCCAGGACCUCUUUAUCCUUGCUCUAACAAAGAUACUUUCAUCCAGACGGUCGAGCGUGGCAAAACCUACAUGCUUAGAAUCAUUAAUGCUGCACUCAAUGAUGAGCUCUUCUUCGCAAUAGCUAACCACACAUUGACAGUUGUUGAAGUUGAUGCUAUUUACACAAAACCUUUCACAACCACAGCCAUUAUGGUUGCUCCUGGACAAACUACUGAUGUUCUGAUCACUGCAAACCAAAUUCCAGACUCAUCAGGCAUGUUUCUAAUGGCUGCCACGCCUUAUGUCACUGCCAUUUUCCCAUUCAACAACUCCACUACAAUUGCCUUUCUAAAGUACAAAAACACAGGGAAUGAAAAAUUUGAGGCCCCAACUUUGCCGAGGAGUCUUACACUUGGGAACCUUCCUGAAAUGAGAGACACUGCCUUUGCCACAAAAUUCUCUAAGAAGCUCCGCAGCCUUGCAUCUCUUGAGUAUCCUUGUAAUGUGCCCAAAAAGAUUGACAAGCGAGUCAUAACAACGAUAAGCCUUAACCUUCAAGAUUGUCCUGCAAACAAAACCUGCAAGGGCUAUGGUGAUAAGAGAUUCUCUGCUUCGAUGAACAACCAAUCCUUUGUUCGGCCUUCUAAGUCGAUAUUGGAAUCUUAUUACAAGAACCUCGCUACAGAUGCAUACUCGACUGAUUUCCCGGAAAAGCCGCGGAAUGCGUUUGAUUAUACCGGUGUCGAUCCGUUAGCAGAAAACAUGAAUGCAGAGUUUGGUACAAGGAUUUUGGUAGUGUCGUAUGGCACAAGUAUAGAAAUCGUGCUGCAGGGUACAAGCUUUCUUAAUGUGGAGAACCAUCCGAUUCAUGUCCAUGGCCACAACUUCUUCAUUGUUGGCAGCGGGUUUGGAAAUUUCAAUGUUGCCAAGCAUCCAGCAAAAUACAACCUGGUUGAUCCUCCAGAGAGGAACACGGUGGCAGUUCCGGCUGGCGGAUGGGCAGCAAUCCGAUUGAAGGCAGACAAUCCUGGAGUAUGGUUCAUACAUUGCCAUCUUGAGGAACAUACUUCCUGGGGUCUCUCCACAGCUUUCAUUGUCAAAAAUGGUCACGGCCACUCUCAAAGCUUGCUUCCUCCACCUGAAGAUUUUCCCUUAUGUUGAAACUAUAUAUGAUAUAUGAGAUUGGUGAUCAUUUAAGAAUUUUGUGGACAUUCCUCUUUAUGGAUGAAGAUCAUACAAGUAAAGCUAGCAUAUAGCCAGGCACCAUGGGCUACUUGUUUCACACUUAACCAGGGGACCAUUUGGAAACUGAACUUGCAGCAUAAUUCUGAGUUGUGGAUAAAUUUUGCUUAGAUGUUCUCAUGGAGAGCAAUGCUAUUUAGAAGACUCUUAUACAACUUCUAUAUAACUGGGAUAACGUGGCAGUGAAAAUCAACAUUUGAAUGAGGAGUCGUAUAGCAGUCUACUAAAUAGCAUUUUUCUUGUCAUGGCUCUUU